UUUUUAAGUGUAUAACAUAAAUCUGAAUAUAUAGAUUAUAAAUAGAGACCAUCUGAUAAUUUUUUACUGAUAGGAUGAAGAGUUUUGUACUUGAUGAUUCUAUACUCACUCCCACGAAAAUAGGAGUGGUUUAUUAUACACAACCUUGUUUAUUUGUGACUUUUUGACAACCGUCCCCGUAGAUUGACAAGAAGAUGACAUGACUUGAUUGAUGUUUUAAUUUUUUUACUGUUAAACAGCAACAUAAAAUGUACUAUAUAUCAAAAUUUUGUAGAAUAUGUGUUCAAACAGACGUAAAAUUACUAGAUCUCAACACUAUGGACUUUGACAAAAUCAAAUUGAGUGAAAAAUUGGAAAUUUGUACCAAAAUGGUUGUCAGUGAGGAGAGCCUUUCGACAGAAAUUUGCCUGCAGUGUCUUGCGAAACUCAGAACCUCCUAUGAAUUUCUUAAUAUGUGCAAAAAAUCCACCAAAAAGUUACACAGCUACUAUAAGACCUUAAUAUCUAAACAAAAUGAGGAGAACUUGAAGAACUUUAUUAACACAGACCUACACGUAUUUGUAACUCCAAUAAGUGAUAGUCUUUAUAAUUUUAAUGAUGUUAUAGAAGACAGCGAGACAACAUGCACUAGAGAAAAGCGUAAACGAAUUACAAAGGAGCAGCGUUGCUCGCUCCUCAAAAGACUGUUAUCCAACCCAGAACCAAACAAAAGAGAAUGGUCUAAAAACUACCUAGAUUAUUCCAAAACACCCCCUGAACCAGUUAUAGGUGGGUUAAAGAGUAUUAUCAACUUUACAAAUAACUAUGAAUUUGGCAUUAGCGUAGAUAAGAAUUCGAAUUAUGAAAGUACCCCUUUAGAAAAAUUAACAGCGUUUUCAACAGACUUUUUUAGGAAAGACUUUACGGAGUUUAAGAAUACAGUGCUCUAUAUAAUAGAAAAUAAAGAUAAUUUGUGUGAUAGUGGUGACAGUGAGGAUGAUGAUGAAUUUAUGCCACCGAAAGAAGAUUGGCAACUGUUCAAUGAUGUAUUUAAUGAUUCAGAAGACAACUCAUACCCCAACUGCACACCCGAAUACACACAAGACGAUUCAAAAGAAAGUAUAGUUAAAUUCGAGGAAGUGAUAGUAGAACCAGACAUAAAAAUAAAAACAGAAUUGGAAUAUGAAGAUGAAGGCGAGUGCCUGAUGAACGAAACAAUAGACUCAAUUAAACAAGAAGUUGCUGAUGAAAGUGAAUCAAACGACUUUUCAAGUACACAUCAUGAUCCUAGUGGUACAAACAGUUUCGAAAGUGAUUACACAAUAUCAUCGUUGUUAACAAUGGAGAAAGUGAGCUCAAUGGUAUCGUUAAAAAAUUUCGUAGGUAAUUAUCAGCACAAACGAACUUUUUCACACAGUAACGUGAGGUGUAGGACUAGGGAGAAUCCUUAUAUCAACCCUAUGUUGAGACAACAGUUUUUGUAUAGAAGUUUUAAGUGUGACAAGUGUAAUCGGUACUUCAAAAGUCCUGGGUACUUAAAGGCACAUUACUCGAAAGUUCAUUAAUGGGUUCUUUGUAAUGUUAUUUAUUGUUUACUGUGUAAAUAUCUAAAGAAUGAUAGGAGGGGAUGGUUUAUUUGUUAAGUUUGAAGAAACUAAACCUUAUGGGUUGUGUAUAUAUUAUGAUGUACAGGGUAAUACAAAAAGAUUGGACAAUUAUUGAUUUGCCAAAAAGGUUAUACACUUCUCCAAGAAAUUAAUGUACCAUCUUAAAAAUGAGUCAUUUUUGAUGUGUCGAAUUUCCUAAAUCUGUUGUCCGAUUUAAGUGAUUUUUUUAAUAUGUUAUAGCGUUAUUCUUUAACAACAUCGCUGUAAUAAUAUUGGUGCUAGACAGGUAAAUUGUCAUUGUACACCGGAUGUACCAAUCAAACUGUAAUUUUUUCUCAAAGUUUGCUUGACCCUGUGGAAUAUUCUAGCAUUUAUAAAAUAUUGAAAUUAAAACCCAACUAUAGCUUAUGUUUUCUUAACAUUCUGUUUUUUGAUUCAUUUGUUUAUGUUGGAUAAUAAAACAGUUGGGUACUUUAACAACUAGCCCUGUUUUUCGUCAAUACAGGGUGUUUUUAAAUAAGUAUGGAAAACUUUCAGGAGUAAUUCUGCAUGAAAAAGUGACCUCAAUUGCUUUGUUUACUUACAAACUGAUGAUUUAUUUAUUGCUCUAAAACCGGUUAAGAUAUGCAAAUGAAAUUUGGUGGGUUUUAAGAGGUAUUUAUUGUGCAUUUUUUGAUAUACAACAGAGCUGGGUAGGAUCCGGAUACUUCUGUAUCCGGAUACUUUUUAUGUAUCUGAAAGCUGUAUCCGGAUACUUUUUAAAUUUUGUAUCCGGUAUCCGUAUCCGUGAUCAAAUUUUAAAGUAUCCGGCAUCCGGUUACUUUUUUUAUAUUCGGAUACUUUUAAAUAUUUAUUGCCCGCCGAUAAUGCACCUAACGUAGACACAACACUGCCAUUUCUUCAAUCCAGAUGUGUCUAAUAUGUUAAAUCCCAUUUUUCGUACUCGUCACCGUUAUAAUAUAUUAUUAUAUAGCUAAUGGAGCUUUGUUUUUACCUAAUCAGUUAUAAAUCUUCAUAAGUGCGUUGUUUAAUUAAUUACUUACAUUUAUUUUUUAUAUUUUCUAUAUCUCUCUUUUCAAGAACCCCUUUUUGUACCCUGUAUAAUUAGAAGAAAUUAUUUUUCGGAUUAUAAUAAAGUACAUCUUAAUA